AUGGCGUUGGACAAUUACUACCGCAAUAAGAUUGAGGGCAUGAAGCUUGAAAUCAUCCAGGGCCAGGCAGUUCUACGAAGGUUAGAAGCACAGCGCAAUGAUUACAACUCGCGAGUGCGUCUCUUGCGAGAGGAGUUGGGCUUGUUGCAGCAGCCUGGUUCGUACGUCGGCGAAGUAGUCAAGGUCAUGAGCACCAAAAAGGUUUUGGUCAAGGUACACCCAGAAGGGAAAUACGUGGUCGAUAUCGCAGACGGCGUGGAUAUUUCAAAGCUCACCGUGGGAAAACGCGUUGCCCUUCUCUCAGAUUCCUACAAGUUGGAAAAGAUGCUGCCAUCCUCCGUUGAUCCCCUGGUCUCCCUCAUGAUGGUGGAGAAGGUGCCUGAUAGUACAUAUGAUAUGAUUGGUGGUCUAGACCAACAGAUCAAGGAAAUCAAGGAGGUAAUCGAGCUCGGUCUCAAGCACCCCGAGCUGUUCGAGUCCCUGGGUAUUGCGCAACCUAAGGGUGUCCUGCUGUAUGGUCCUCCCGGUACUGGAAAGACGUUGCUGGCUCGAGCUGUAGCCCAUCACACCGACUGUCGAUUUAUCCGUGUGAGUGGUUCGGAGCUGGUGCAGAAAUACAUCGGUGAGGGAAGCAGGAUGGUGCGAGAGCUAUUCGUCAUGGCUCGUGAGCAUGCCCCAAGUAUCAUCUUUAUGGACGAGAUCGACAGUAUUGGAUCCAGCCGGAUAGAUUCAGCAGGAGGUGGUGAUUCGGAAGUGCAACGGACAAUGCUGGAGUUGCUUAAUCAACUGGACGGCUUCGAGCCGACCAAGAACAUCAAGAUCAUUAUGGCCACCAACAGAUUGGACAUUCUCGACCCAGCCCUGCUGCGACCAGGACGUAUUGACCGCAAGAUCGAGUUCCCUCCGCCUUCUGUUGAGGCUCGUGCCGACAUUCUACGGAUCCACUCUCGAUCGAUGAACUUGACCCGUGGUAUUAACCUUACCAAGAUCGCGGAGAAGAUGAAUGGUUGCUCCGGAGCCGAACUCAAGGGUGUCUGCACGGAAGCAGGCAUGUACGCACUACGUGAACGACGAGUGCACGUGACACAGGAAGACUUCGACCUGGCCACCGCCAAGAUUCUCAACAAGCACGACGACAAGGAAGUUGCAGUUUCGAAGUUGUGGAAAUAG